AAUAAAAAAAAGUCAUUGGGAAACACGACAAUGAAAUCUCUCAUCUGUAUAAAUGUCUUAUUACCCUCCUCCGUUCGUUGCAUUUAAUAGUAUUGCUCUUUUCUUACGUUGCUAAGUACGACACAUACCAAUCUUUUCAGCUACAAUAUCAAGGGUUGUUGGAUUCCGUUGACCGACAAUGGAGGGCGUCGAUCACUUGGCUCCCGAGAGGAACAGGGCUCAGUUCAAUGUCGACGAGAUGAAGAUCGUCUGGGCUGGUUCCCGCCACACCUUCGAUGUCUCUGAUCGCAUGGCUCGUCUCGUCGCCAGCGAUCCGGUUUUCCGAAAGGAUAACAGAGCAAUGCUAAGCAGGAAGGAAUUGUUUAAAAACACUUUGGGGAAAGCGGCUCAUGCAUGGAAACGUAUCAUUGAGCUUCGCCUUUCUGAAGAAGAGGCAAGUGAGAUGAGGUUUUAUGUGGAUGAACCUGCUUUUACGGAUCUUCACUGGGGAAUGUUUGUUCCAGCAAUUAAAGGACAAGGCACUGAAGAGCAACAACAGAAGUGGCUACCUUUGGCAUACAAGAUGCAAAUAAUUGGCUGCUAUGCACAAACUGAACUUGGUCAUGGCUCUAAUGUUCAAGGGCUUGAAACUACUGCAACAUUUGAUCCUGAGUCAGAUGAAUUUGUCAUUCAUAGUCCUACACUAACUUCAAGCAAAUGGUGGCCUGGUGGAUUGGGUAAAGUUUCCACACAUGCUGUUGUUUAUGCGCGUCUUAUAACUGAAGGUCAAGAGCAUGGAGUACAUGGCUUUAUUGUCCAACUUCGGAGUUUGGAUGAUCACAUGCCUCUUCCAGGCAUAACAGUUGGUGAUAUUGGAAUGAAAUUUGGGACUGGGGCAUAUAAUACCAUGGACAAUGGUGUUUUAAGAUUUGAUAAUGUUCGUAUUCCAAGGAACCAAAUGUUGAUGCGGGUAAUGCGGGUUACAAGGGAAGGGAAAUGUGUGCAAUCUAAUGUUCCACGGCAGCUGAUUUAUGGCACUAUGGUGUAUGUGCGGCAGACAAUUGUAUCUGAUGCUUCCUCUGCAUUGUCACGGGCAGUUUGUAUUGCUACAAGGUAUAGUGCUGUCCGCAGACAAUUUGGUCCUCAGGAUGGUGGUGUUGAGACCCAGGUGAUUGAUUACAAAACUCAGCAAAGUAGACUCUUCCCAUUGCUUGCUUCUGCAUAUGCUUUCAGAUUUGUUGGUGAAUGGUUGAAAUGGCUUUAUCUGGAUGUGACCCAGAGGUUGCAAGCCAAUGAUUUCUCAACAUUGCCUGAAGCUCAUGCAUGUACUGCUGGUUUAAAGUCUUUAACUACUUCUGCAACUGCUGAUGCCAUUGAAGAAUGUAGGAAACUUUGUGGGGGACAUGGUUACCUUAGCUCCAGUGGGCUUCCUGAGUUGUUUGCUGUAUAUGUUCCAGCCUGUACAUAUGAAGGAGACAAUGUUGUGCUGCUUUUACAGGUUGCUAGAUUUCUCAUGAAGACCGUUUCUCAGCUGGGUUCUGGAAAGAAGCCUGUGGGAACAACAGCUUAUAUGGCACGGGCAGAGGAUCUUUUGCAGAGUCGCUGCAGUGUUCAAAAGGCUGAGGAUUGGUUAAAGCCUAGUGUAAUAUUGGAGGCGUUUGAAGCCAGGGCUGUUAGGAUGUGCGUUGCCUGUGCUCAAAGCCUUAGCAAGUUUCAGAAUCCUGAAGAGGGUUUUCUGGAACUGUCAGCUGAUCUUGUUGAGGCUGCAAUUGCUCAUUGCCAGUUGAUUGUUGUUUCCAAGUUCAUUGAAAAAUUGCAACAAGAUAUACCAGGGAAAGGAGUGAAACAACAGUUGCAGAUUCUUUGCUAUAUUUAUGCUUUGAACCUCCUUCACAAACAUCUGGGCGAUUUUCUAUCCACUGGAUGCAUCAUACCCAAGCAAGCUUCCCUUGCAAAUGAUCAUCUCAGAUCUUUGUAUUCCAAGGUCCGUCCAAAUGCAAUUGCACUUGUUGAUGCAUUUAACUAUACUGAUCACUUCCUUGGCUCGGUUCUUGGUCGCUAUGAUGGAAAUGUGUAUCCAAAACUCUAUGAAGAAGCAUGGAAGGAUCCUUUAAAUGACUCGGUUGUGCCUGAUGGCUACCAGGAAUAUAUUCGCCCAAUGCUAAAGCAACAGCUCCGUAAUGCAAGACUUUGAAGAAUAUAGAAGACUAUGGUAAGUAAUAAUGCUAAUAAAGCUGGCAAAGGAUGGAGAUUCAUUAUCUUGGAAACCAUUAGAUUAUUCGCAUAUUGUGGUUGAUAGUCAUUUUUGCCAUAUCCAAAUUAUUCGCAAACUUUUUUUUUUUUUGUAUAUUUCGACAAAUAGUAUGUUAUUUAUAAAUUGAUCUUUUGUUAUAUUUAUGCAAUCUUCCUUUGUACCA